AUGAAAAACGUUUGGAUUGGCCUGAGCGUGCUGGUGGAAGAGCUAGACAUCGCUCGACUGAGGAACGCAGUGGUCGUGUGGUACCGUAUGCCUGCUCUAGAGAUCUUGGCUGUGCUGUUCUGUGUGGGCAUUCAGUCCCUUCGCGGUGAGAAACUCCCCCGGGACUGCGCGGAGCUGUAUGAGAUGGGCUCCAAGCAGACUGGGGUGUACAGGAUCUACCCCGCAGGCCCCGUCCUCCCUUGCUAUGCCUACUGUGACAUGGAAACAGACGGUGGAAAGUGGACAGUCUUCCAGAGGAGAAUGGAUGGAUCAGUGAACUUCUACCAGGGCUGGAAUGCAUACCGGAUUGGGUUUGGCCAUGCGAUGGGAGAGUACUGGCUGGGCCUGGAGUUCAUCCAGCUCCUCACAGUGAACCAGACUCAUGAGCUGAGGGUGGAUCUGGAGGACUUUGAGGGAAACAAAGUCUUUGCUCACUACAAAUCCUUUGCCGUUUCCCCUGGAGUGGUCAAUGCUGAACCAGAUGGUUACAAGCUAUUCGUCGAUGGGUUUGUUGACGGAGGAGCUGGGGACGCCAUGAAGACACACAACAACAGGAAGUUCACCACCUUCGAUAAGGACAACGACCCCAAUUGGGGAAACUGCGCCGAAAAGUUUGAGGGCGGCUUCUGGUAUGGAACCUGUGGGGACGCCAACUUGAACGGCAUCUACAUGUGGGGACAGAGGCACGCCAACAGCUGCCGCUGGUUCACGUGGAAGAAGGCCAACUACUCUCUGAAGUCCAUCAAGAUGAUGAUGAGACCUGCCCCUUCGACCAGCACGGAGGGCCGUGAUGAUGCGGCGGACUUCUCCGCCCCAGUCCCCCUGUAG